CGAACCUGCUCCAACUUCUCCAAGUGCUGGAGAUCACUCGAGACGAUGUUGCUGCGGUGGAAUUCCAGCUGAAUUCCAGGAUCGUGGUCCUGUGUGGAGGGAAUAUUGUUUGUGUUAAAAACACGUGUCCCUGUUGAUGACACUUGGAUCUCCAGCCCGCACGCGCAUGUAAGGAACUUCUGGACUUUAAGGAGUUUAGGAAGUUUGGGGAUGCAGAAUGGAUCCCAAAUCAGACCUCUUGCUUCAGACUACAGGCUGCACAUGGCUGAGGCCCAUCAGCAUGUUCCUGGGAGUUCCUCUGGAUCAGGUGAACUUUAUCAUGUGCCAGAUGUUUGGCCUGGCUGCCGCCUUCUGGUUUCGUCUGUGUCUCAGUCCUCAGCGGGCCGGUCCAACUGUGCGUCACGCUGUCGCUAGUUUCUUGGGGUCGACGUUUGUUAUAUUCUGCUUCGGAUGGUAUUCCCUACAUGUUUUUGUCCUGACGCUCGUCUGCUACGUCAUCCUGAAGAGCGCGAGCGCACACACUGUUCACUGGUACUCGAUGCUGGUGGCGAUGGGCUACCUCACGGUGUGCCAGGUCAGCAGGGUCUUCAUCUUCAACUACGGCAUCCUGGCCACGGACUUCUCAGGGCCUCUGAUGAUGCUGGUGCAGAAGAUCACCACUCUGGCCUUUCAGGUCCACGAUGGAAAGUGUCGCAAGCAGGAGGAGCUCAGUGUGGAACAGAGACGUCUGGCUGUAGACACUGAGCCGUCGCUGCUGGAGUACCUGAGCUACACGCUAAACUUCAUGAGCAUCCUGGUGGGGCCGUGGAGCAGCUACAGAGACUACACCCAGUUCAUCCACGGACAACACCUACACAACAAACUCCAACUGCAACACAACGGCUACGACACACACACACAACCCUCACCUGUGCGAGCCGUGACUCAGAAGCUGCUGGUGUGUAUCGGUUGCCUCCUCUGGUUCUUCCUCAUCACCAGGAGGUUCCCGAUCGGCUACAACGUGGACCCGAGCUUCGUUAGCGAGGCCUCGUUCCUCAGCAGGCUAGCGUACGCCUUCGUCUCCAUCCAGGCGGCUCGGCCCAAGUUUUACUUCGCGUGGACCCUGGCUGAUGCUGUCCAUAACGCGGCGGGAUACGGAGUCAGCGGAUUCGACCGGUGCGGCCGAGUGGCCUGGGACCUCGUCUCCAACGUCCACAUAUGGGAAAUUGAGACAGCAACCAGUUUCAAAUCCUUCAUCGACAACUGGAACAUUCAGACAGGGGUGUGGCUCAAGAGUGUUUGUUAUGACCGUGUGCCACAUUACCGGACACCUCUGACGUUCAUGCUGUCAGCGCUGUGGCACGGAGUUUACCCUGGAUAUUACUUCACCUUCCUCUCAGGCAUCCCCAUCACACUCACUGCCCGCGCUGUCCGCAGGAAUUUCCGCCACUAUUUCGUAAACUCUCGCUCUGUCAAGCUGGCGUAUGACAUCAUCACCUGGGCGGCGACGCAGCUGACCAUCUGUUACACCGUCAUGCCGUUCUUACUGCUGGCCGUGGAGCCGACCAUCACCUAUUACAGGUCCAUGUACUUCCAUGUGCACAUCAUUAGCAUUCUGGCGAUGCUCGUCCUGCCCAGCAGACCCAGGAGGCCCGAUCUCCAUGCCCAGCACUCCAACAAUAAUGUGAAGGGAGAAUAAAUACCCUGCCGUGUGUGUGUGUGUGUGAGACUGCUAUGGCAUGAGGGCUGCACAAAGGACGCUCUGUGUGAGUGACAAAGCGAGCUGGGUCGGAGUGUAACCGCCUGCCAUAAUGUGUCCUUGCUCUCGGUUCAUGAACACACACACACACACACACACACACUCUCUUUAUGGAUGCUGAUUCUAAACUGUAAGUCUAGUGGACUCGUUGUCGCUGUCCCUCCACACCACAAGUUAUUAUGAAGAUAGAUGGAGUGAACACAUUUUUACUAAGUAAAUUAAUUGUGUCAUUGUUACGUGUUUUUAAAACGUUAAACUCUGAUGUAUCACACACACACGUUUGGGACCAGAGCAUUAAUACUGUACAAUAAUGUUGUCUAAUAUGUAUUUAUUUUAUAUAUAUAUAUAUAUAUAGACUGUAUAACAUUUUGACGUUUUGAUAAAAAAAAAUAUAUAUUGGAGAGCUACUUUUUUGAAAAGCUA